UAAGUGAGAAUGAUUGUUUAUAACGUAUCCUUGAAGUGGAUGUGUGGGUAGCAAUUCCUUUCCUCUUACGCCUGUUUUUCGAAAAAUAAACAAAAACCACGCUCAGAAUGAUUUUGUUAUGACGCUUUGAAGAUACCGCGUGUAUGGAUCUGUUUUUAUUGAGUCAUUACAUUAAAUGAAGGAGAAAGCUGAUAUCUAUAUUUAUAUAUAGACACCCCGUGCGGGCCCCUGCUGCAUUCUCUUUUACACAUGCUGUUCGGCGAUUUCUCUGAUAAGUAAGUCCCACAGCGCCUCACUACAGGAGGGAUCCUACAUCAUAUUCCUAGUCAAUCUGGCAUCUUACAAGCGAGAGAAUAAUUACUUUACAUUUAUAUCAAAGCCAGGGAUAAGAGAUAAACUUUGUUUAUUAAGGGAAUACCGUCUUUCUAUUGAAGCGUGUUUUAAUAUUUAUAAAUACUUCUGAACCUUGAGGCGAUCAACAAAAUCACGCACGUUUUUUAAAAACGAAUUUGGACAAAAAGGCAGCUCAAGUGCAUAUUUCAGGUGGACAGUAACAAUGGCGCAAGUUGAACUUCCACGAUUGACGGAGGGGUACCUCGGUCCCCAGGCCAAAUUUUACCCCUACGGAUUGACCACUCUAUCCCACCCAGAUCCUGUUAUUCAUUCGGACACUAACCAAGUGGAAAUUGUCAUAGGAACAACCGAGAAAACGAGAUUCACCACCAAACUUUUAGGCGUGGAUCCAAAGGGAGAGUGUAACCAAUUUGUGCUUACGCAAAUCCAGGGAUCCGAGUACCAUUUCACAAUUGCUGUGCCUAGAACGGGAUUCUUUAAAUUUCAGAUCUAUGCUUUACCUAAUUCUGAAGCUGGGCCAAACAUGAUCAAUGUCUACAACUACCUGUUAAAUAUCCAGAAAGUGGACAGAUAUGUGGAAUCGUUCCCAAAACAGUAUCCUCUUUGGAAACAGGAAGGGUGCUACCUUUAUGAACCGCUUAUGCUUAUGAAAGGUAUUAAAGAACCGUCCGUUAAAUUCCGGUUCUUGGUCCCGAAGGCCGUGGAUGUUCAGCUCAAGGUUCACGAAGAUUGGAUCAAGAUGGAUCAAGUUGAACCGAAUAUAUACGAGGCUUAUGUAGACUUCAGUGUUGGCUACCCUGCUGGUGCCAAAGUCAAACUUAACGUCAAAUCGGGACGGAGUCACAAAUUUGACACUUUACUGGAAUAUACCAUCUAAGUGUUUGAUUAAACGUUUGUUGAUAUUUUUUUCUCAGUUCGCUCUUUCUUGCGAUAUUAUUGUUGUUUGAUAUCUGUGCCAUGUUUUGAAGACAUUCGUAAACGUUUGAUGCGUACUUUUCAAAUUAAGAAAAAAUGUUUCCAUUAAGAGCUGAGCCUUUUGUUUUUGGAGAUGACAAGAAAUGAAAUUCGUUUAUUUUUAAUGUGUCA